AUGAAUACCAGUGGAAAGGGGAAAAAAUUGACAAAAGGUCAAAAACAAAUUUACGAUGAAAAUAUGUCUACUAUUACCACAUAUUCAAUUGUAUCAUAUACCACUGUGGCAAUAUAUAUUUUGGCAGCUUAUUUCUUAACAUCACCUUCUACAUGGGAAUGGGUGGGUUUUGGAUGUGCCUUUAUACUCCAAAACGUUUUAAUUGGGUUGAUGUGCAUUUCUGCCAAAGCAAAAAAAAAUGAAAAAGGAGUAGUUAUAGAUGCUGGAAGUGAUCUAAAUGAUCCAGAAGGUUUUGGUGAAUACCUUUUAGAUUCAGUUAUUCUUUCAUCAGCUUGCCAUGUUCUUGGAGCAAUAUAUUCAAAGUCUUACCUUCUUCUUUUAAUUAUUCCCGGUUAUGUAGUUUACAAAGGAGUUGUCACUUUUAUAAUUCCUUGGUUGACAGCAGGAAGUGACGUCCCCCCUGAAGAAGAUGUCGGAAAAGGUAAAAAGAAACAACAGGAGAAGAUCAAAUACAAACGGUACUAA